AGCGAGAGCUCACAAGAUGAUGUCGAACAAAUUGGGAUGUUUGGUAUUUCUAGCCUCGUUGUUGUUACUAGAGGUCCAUGCACAGGCGGGACCAGAAUUGAUGAGAAAAAGAGGACCACCAUUGAUGAGAAAGAGGGGAAGUGGUGUGGUCAAGGAUCCUAGUGAAGAAGGUUGUGUCAGCUGGUAUCCAGACUCCCCCUGGAGCUGCAGUGAUGGUUCUGGCAUUUGUAUGUCUGAUAACAACAUAUGCGACGGUUUCAAAGUUUGUGACGAUGGGGGUGAUGAGAAUGACUGUGGUUGGGGUGAAACUGACGGAAACGGUUGCACGAAACCCAGACAAAUCGGAAACACGGGGAUUGAUGAUCUGAAAAAACAGAUUCUAGAUGCUCAUAAUUAUUUCCGAUGUCUUCACGGAUCGCCACCUCUUGUAUGGGAUAAAACACUCGAACGAUUUGGUAAGGGUGUGGCCACCGACAACAAGAACAAAGGGACGAUUGAACAUGCCAAGAAUAACAAAUACGGAGAGAAUCUUGCGAUGAAUAUGCUGGAAUCUUCCGACGGAAUCACUGGGUUCGGAUUUACUAAGAUGUGGUAUGACGAGAUCAAAGACUACAAUUUCAAUAAUCCAGGAUUUGACUGGAGAACUGGCCACUUCACCGCUCUUCUCUGGAAGGACACCAAGAAAGUUGGUUGCGACUUUGACAACCGUCCUGACGACUUUUUCACCCAGUUCUACGUCGCCUGUGAAUACGACCCUCCAGGUAACGACAUGACCGGAGAUGCCUUCGAACAAAACGUGUUACCGUUACUUUAGACUUGUAAUGUCAAUGUACAUGCAACUUCGUUUCUAUCUAACAUGGCUGCCUAUUCUUGAAAACUGUUGUUUGGUUUAUUUAUGUGACAUAAACCACUAGUUACUGGGUAGUACAUUAUGCAAUUUAAGAGGUAGUUAAUUUCAUUCUAUCGAAUAAUUAAAUCAAUCACGCAGGUGCAUUCAAUAAAUAGGCGUGAUAACAUGUGAACAUUUUUGUGGCGUAGAUUUAUAUCAAUGUUGUAGUUUGUUUUUAGUGAUUGUACCGCAUUCAUAUAUGUUCUAUACCAUUGUUAUACGUAUUUGGGAAAUUGUGGUUUUAUACUCCUCAAUACAUUUAGCAUGACUGCUGACCCCCUGUCUUUCAACUCACAUUGUUUGGGCUAUUUUACUUUAUAUCAUCCGUAAUGCCAAGGCAAUACUAAAGGCUAAUUGGUCGUUGUGUGACGUUCUUUCAAUGUAUUCAAUGGAGAAUCUAUGCAAACAUGUGUUGCCAUUUUCAAUUACGUCAUACUAUAACAAUAAUGCUAGUUGAUUUCGUCGCAUAAAAUAGGCCGCCAUGUUGGAUACAUGUGUUGAUUGCAAUUCAGAGCAUGCAGCGGCUUCAACACGAUUGAUCCGCCUCUAAGUUACACUUUUUUGAGUAAUUUAGCAAACAUUGUUACUAACAAUACUGCAUUUAACUUCAAUAGCAAUAACGAUCGUGGCUUUCUUUAUGGUGCGUUAUACUUACAAUAGAUGUUGUGUAUUAAAUAAACAUUUAUCGCUAACAAGUUUAGAAA